GUAUUUUUUUUUUCCUUGGGGGACACAAACUCGCGCUGGAACGUCGACCGUCGAACCCGCGGAAAUGCUCGUGCGGCACAUUCGGAGGCUGCACCCGCUUAAGGCGGACAUCGUCAAGUGCGGUGCGCACAAAUGCACGUCAAUUUUAGAUACUACGUCGAAAGAGGCGAUUGGGAAGCCUGCCAAAGUACAGGGAUGGGUGCGCGCGCUGCGCAAGAUGAAGGAUAACGUCUUUGUUGACAUUUCCGACGGAUCGACGUGCGAGACGUUGCAAGUGGUCGUGCCGAGGGCGAUCAAGCCGGACGACCUGCGUUACGGGAGUAGCGUCAGCGUGGAGGGCGAGCUGGUGCCGGCGCCCGACGACGACGGCGGCGGCAGGGCCGAGCUGCGCGCCGCCGUGGUACGCGUGAUCGGCACGUGCAACGUCACCGAGGACGGGUAUCCAUUCGCGCCGAGAAAGCGCUACGAUGCGGACUAUGUCAGGCAGUACUUGCACCUGCGGCCGAGAACGCGCGGUUUCGCCGGCCUGCUGAGGCUGCGCGAUCUCGCCGCCGCGCUGAUCGCCGAGCACCUGAGGGACCGGGGCUUCCUGAGCGUGCACACGCCGAUGUUGACGUCCAACGACUGCGAGGGCGCGGGCGAGGUGUUCGUCGUCAGGCCGCAGUCCAGAGAGACCCUGGAGAGCAUGAGGAGGGAGGGUCGGUCCGAGGACGAGACCUACUUCGACACCACCGCCUACCUCACUGUCUCCGGGCAGUUGCAUCUCGAGGCGGUAGCAAGAGCCCUCACAAAGGUGUACACCUUCGGACCCACGUUCAGGGCAGAGAAUUCAAAGUCGAGAUUGCAUUUAUCAGAGUUUUACAUGUUAGAGGCGGAGGUGGCGUUUGUCGCGGGCGUCGAGGAACUGCUGGAGGAGGUCGAGCUUCUGGUGAAGCGGGUCACCGAGCGACUGAUCGAGAGGGGCGCCUCGGAGCUGCGUGCGAUCGACGCCCCGCAAACGCAGUGGCUGAACAGAUCGUUCGCGCGUUUGACGUACGAGGAUGCGUUCAGCGUGCUGAAUGAUCACGCGAGUCGAUUGCAACGACCCGCCAAGUACGGCGAGGCGUUCUCGAAAGAGCACGAACUGUUCUUGGUACGACACAACGACGGGGUGCCGGUGUUCGUUGUUAACUGGCCGAAGGCCAUUAAGCCAUUUUACAUGAAAGAAUGCGCGGACGAUGCAUCCAAGGUAGCGGCACUGGACCUGCUAGUGCCGGAUGUGGGUGAAUUGGUGGGCGGCAGUAUGCGCGAGGAUGAUUACGGGAAGUUAGAGCUGAAGCUGCCACCCACGGGGAAUCUCUCGUGGUAUUUAGAUUUACGUAAAUAUGGGAAUGUGCCAACAGGUGGCUUCGGAAUGGGCUUCGACAGAUACUUGCAAUGCGUCUUGGGAAUCGGCAAUAUUAAGGACACCGUGCCCUUCCCCAGAUGGCCGCACAAUUGCAAUUUAUGAAUAAAGUUUUCAGGGCUGCUGUAUCAUUAAUUUAUCCCCGACAAAAGAAAAAAAAAAACAAAAAAAAAUGACAAUGCAACGAAUCAGGCAAUCUUUCAAAUGGAAAAACAAUGGCGCAUAUUUCACACAGAGAUCUUUCACACUUCAAGUCAUUGAAAUAGGAAAUUGAAAUGAGUUCACACGGUGAUUUCCAUUUUUGAAUGCAGUUUAUUGAAUAUUGAGACAUCGUAACAACAAAAAACCAUGAACUUUUUAUCAAUGUCUUUAUUGUUUCCAAGCAUUUCCUAGUUCAUGAAUUCAAAGUCCGUACCCUAAGCAGCUUUUCGAAGCUAUAAUCGUAAAGGAUAUAGUAAGAAAGGUUAAUUAAAAAGAAAGUCAAACCUGUAAUAAACAAGUCUUCUUUUUAUACAACAAAAUAAUGCAUAUCUAACUUGCAGUAGUAAUAGUCCUCGUCAUUUUUUCUUAAUCGUCGUCAUUGUUUUUCCGUUGAUAGUUUAUAUUACAAGUAGAUAACCCAUAUAUAUCACAUAAUUUGUACACCUUGAAAUGACUCGCCCCUUUCCGCACCACUUCCCUCCCUACCCACCCACCCCAUAAACUCGUUCAUUUCGAAGAGUCUGCCGCAUUUUAUACAAAUAGUAUUUCACGUUACAGGUGAGUGCAAAUCACCGUCAAACCUACGCACAAGCACGAAUGGUACUUGGGAGUUUUUUUUCCUUUUCUUAGCGUAAAAUAUCAUCAAACUUAAAUAAGUACCAUUUAGCAAAUGGUACUUUGCAAGUAUUCAGUGUAAAUCAUCGGUAAAUUCGUGUGAUGGUACUCUUUCUCUCUAUCACAAAACAUUGUCGCCAAAUUAAUACAUUCACUCGCGCAGGAAUGCUGCUACUACACAUCAUACCUAAAUUACAUAAAAUAUAUAUACAGCUCUA